CUUCACCCGGAAGGUCCGUGCGGUGGUUUCCGACGUGUGGGACUGGGUCUCGCCCCGGAUGAAGACCCUGAAGGCACAGUUCGCAGGGGUGGAGCUGCACCAGUCGGAAAGCGAGGGUCAUUUUGGGGACGAGGAAGGCGACGCGGCUGUUUGCGAGGUUUCCGCGGAAGACGCAGCGGCAGCCUCCGUUCGCGGAAAACCGUACUUCAAGUUGCACUCACGCGCCGGGAAGAAGACCAGCGGCAGAACCUGCAGGGCGAAGAAGCAUCAUGGGAAAAGUAAGGGCAAAAAACAGAAGAAGCCGAAACAACAAGAAGUCCAGCAGCAAGGAGCUGCACCACGUGAAAAUAAAGCAGCUGAAGCACCAGCAGCGUCGAAACCGGCAAGAAGGACGAGCGCGAAAAGUAGUAAACCUGCCUCAGCACCAGUUCAGAAGCCAGCACAUCCAGAACACAAAUUUCGGAAGUAAAAACCACCUAUCACUAAUUGCGAGAUGAAUAUGAAGGCGAGCCUCGCUUUUGAGAAGAUAGUUGAGUAAUUCCAUACUCGCCCCUAGCGCCGUGCUGAACCAACUUAGACAGUAGUCAAGGUCUCGUCCUUAGAUUGGGACAUUCGGCUUGAGUUGUUUGGAGUGGUUUGGACAAGUUAGUAGAGUACCGCCUUCAUUAUCCUUCAUAACCUAGAUCACAUAAUGUCGAAUUUUUUAUACUUUCUCCACGGAAGACGAAGACCAAGAAGAAGGGAGAGGCAUCUGCAACUUGGAAGACUUGUCACGAUUGCAUUUACAGGUGAUUCAUGCUUGUGUAUUGAAAUUUCCAAGGAGCGAGUAUGCUACAUUUAACUUUAUUACGAGGCACGGAAAUAAAAGACCGGCACCGGAACCAGUCCUGUGUCAGCUUUUGUGAGGCUGAGCAGAAAGACCUGAGACCGGAAGUUUUUUCUGUUACAGGCUGCAGUGACCUUAUAUCUUUGUAGUGUAGAAGCGCUAGUAAUAGUAUGGAUUGCGGCGCAACAACUUUUAGACACCCACUCACAACCGCAUCAAACACGAAUUUGCGCAUAUCGAGUUUUAGUAGUUUAUUCCGAGGCUUGUGCUAAGAUCAACAAAUCCACACUAGAUGUUUUGUAAGAUAAUUGCGUUACGACAUGAGAAGUACGGUUUGAGCAACCUGGUGGUGAAGUCAUAAAGAGUCUUUAUCUUUUUGCAAAAGUAAAAGUUGAGUAACAGCAACAGUAAGAGCAUGGUUCGAGUAAAAGUACAUUCACAGCACGCCGAGUACUACACUAACAAGAACGUGAAAGAUACGACUGAUUUUAAGUCUGGUACAACAUCAACUAGCAUAUGUGUUUUUGGUUUUGAAAAGAAGUGUUAAGGUAAACGACCAAAGGUCAAAGGUUUCAUGUAUAAUUCCAACACGAAGGACAACGAACAUAAAAGAGCACGGCCCGCCAUGGCGGAAACACAAAUAAAAC